UGAUCGAACCCCCUAGUAGCACUGACAUGCCAUUGGCAUCUGCACGAAACUAUAUCACAGGAUAAUAAGUAAACUGUCAAAAAAAAAAAAAGUAGCGCCUCGAAGAUGCAAAUUCGAUGUCAUCGUCCGUUAUUACGAUUUUGACAGCGACAAGUUCGCGUCGUCGGUCGUCCACCCCGUCGGGAAAGGACGAAGUAGCUGAAAUGUUGAAAAAUAUAAAUUAGUCGAGUAUAUAGAGAGUACCACGAAGACAAAUUUUGAAUAAUCUUUUCCGAAAAUGUUUUAUUCGUACAAAUGGAUAAACGAUGAAUGAAUGAGCGAAGAAAAAAAAGUAACCGCAAGACUGAACUUCGUGAGACAGCAUGCGAACACAAAUAUUGGACGUGUGCGACCAGUUGAGCGAUUUUAGCACGGGAUUCGUCAACUGGUCGUGGGAUACGUUGGAUCUUCUUUUCGAAAUAUUCGUUGAAUUUUUGGCACGCACCAUCGAGCUCGGAGUUGCCUUGUUGAAAUUGAGCUUUCAGAUCAUAUGUUUCUUAAGGGAUGUUUGCAUCGAAGCGAUGCAAACUUUUGUUAAUAUUUUUCGUGGGAUUGUGCACGUAAUCAGUUCCAUCAAGUGCGAAGACGUUGAGGAUUUUGCUGCUGCUUGUAUGGUCGUUUUCCUGUGGGUUGCAGGUGUCAAAAUCGUUCUCAGUCUGCUGCAAAAUAACAAGAAGCCUUUCUCAAAUCCGUUGAAUUUCUAUCGAGCGGCCGCCUCCUGUGCUCCAGCUGUUCUCCAAAAAGUCGGACAGCCAGCAGCGAACAGCACGACGAAAAAAAAAGUAAUGAUUCAAUCGAAGAAAGCUGCAGGCUGCAAACGUCCAGCCAGUUCGUCGAUAUCGUCCUCCUCCUCAUUUUCGUACGACGCUUGAGCAUGAUUGAGCAUGGAACGACACGAAUCUCGAAAUACCGCAGAGCGAUGGUUUCGAAAAAACUUCCGGAAAAAUAAGAAUCAGCGUCGACGCCAUGAAGAUACCGUUUUCGUACUUUUUCUGUCUAUGUACAAACUUUAUUAAUCGUACAACGCUUAAACAAGAACAUUCGAUAAUCAAAAA